CGAGAGACAUUACAGCGCAUGCGCAAAGUAAACCAAGACCACGGAUAUAAAGUACUGCGCAUGCGCAGAUACAGAUACAGCGCUGGGUAGUGUGCGAUUUUAAACAUGUCUGUUGUUUUUGUGCCAAAGAAACAACGCGGAAAAGCGCAGAUCAACCAAGAAACCAUCCAAAGACUGCUGAAUGAAAAUGAUCAGCUUGUGAGGUGCAUAGCGGAGUACAUGCAGAAGGGCAGAGCCACUGAGUGUGUACAAUACCAACAGAUCCUCCAUAGAAACAUAGUUUAUCUAGGAACCAUAGCUGAUGCCAGUCCUGAUGUGCCUGCUCCUCGUGAAGACGCAUCAGCCCUGACUGGAACGAAGGACAUUUCUAAAACCUGAUCUCAGACGGGUUCUUAUGAUGCGUUCAUUAACAUUUAACGUUCCGUAACAGCAGGUUUACAUCAAGCUGUAUGGUCUGGAAUACGUUAUCGUUUCUACUGGAAGGUGAAUGAGCCUGGUAAUGAAGUGAAUAAAAACAUGCUGCUAUUUAACAAUGUUAGGACUGUUUAAACUUUAUGGAAGAAGGAGCGUCCAGUGCUGAUGCUUCGUAACAGGCUGUUUAUCGCCAGGGGAAAGUCUUCAGAAGGCAGGACAAACUUAGCUGGUAGGGGAAAGACUGAGUGAGAACUUGUUUUGUGAAUGUUCCAGAAAUGGGUAAAAUUUUUGCUUCCUUGGUUCUUAAAUAAAUAACGAUUGUUGACAGAUUGCUGUGAUGUGUGUAAAAGGAAUAAACCAUGUCCAGUCAUGGAUCUUUUCUUA